UUCACUAGAAUCUUAUUCUACCGCUUGUUCCCAAACAAGGAGUACCCUCAAGCUCUUCCUCAUUACAAACAUAGGUUGUCCAUUCUUGGCCUCAAAACUCUGUAUCACAGACGUAUUCUGGCUGAUAUACUAUUAGCUCAUAAAAUUAUACGGCAGGAGGUGCAAGGGAUGGCGUAAACAACUGAUACAGAAUUCGUUUGCUAGCCGUGUAUCACGACUAAUCAAUCGUCUUCCUGUCGAUACUCUCUGUCAGGAUACGGUCAAAUUCAAACAAUUUCUACUUAACAACGAUAUUUUUGACUUGCUUGGAAC